AUGAAUGCGACAACAACAGAUGAAGAAUUGGCAGAUCAGGAAAUAAUGCAACAUAUACUGGAACAAAGUCUACUAGAUAUCUGUACACAGGAUCCUUAUUUGCCUUCUGUUGAAGCAGAAUUGGAGGAUUUCAGGUUCUUGCCAAGUAAAGAAAACAGGAAGGUUGUCGAAGCAAUAAAAACAGGUCAGGAAGCAGAUAUCAAACAGCUGUCCAUUCAUUCCUGUGCGUUUAAUGAAGCUGAUGACAGAGGUUGGCUUCCUCUGCAUGAAGCCGCUGCACAGUUAAAUCAGGCAAUUCUUGGAGCCACGUUCAAAGCUUCUCAUCCUAGUACACGGGAGCAGAAGACGCUGAAGGGUGAAACCCCUCUCUUUCUAGCGGUUCAGUUGAAUCUUAUAGAAAAUGUGCAGUAUUUACUUGAGAAAGGCUGCAAACCCAAUGCCAAGAAUGAAGAGGGUGAUUCUGUUUUAAUAACUGCUAUAAGAAAUGGAGCUCUUGAUGUUGCCUCACUGCUGUUACGUUUUGGAGCAGCUGUGAAUUUGGAAUGCAUUAAUAAGAGGACAGCCCUGCAUGAAGCUGCCAAAUUGGGCAGCAAGGAUUUAGUGGAUUUACUGAUUCAUGCUGGAGCAGCUAUAGACGCCAGAAGUGCCAUUGGACUCACCCCACUAGCUCUUGCUGCACAGAAUGGACAUACAGAAGUGGUGAAACGUUUACUCCAAAAAGGAGCUGAUGUCCUGUCUCAAGCUUCUGAUGGUGUGUCUGUGUUAUUUGAGGCUGCUGCAGUUGCAAACUCAGAAUGCCUCGCACUCCUAUUGGAAUAUGGGGCUGAUGCCAACGUUCCUAAAAAUACUGGUCACCUGCCCAUUCACAAGGCAUCAUACAAAGGGCAUUAUGAAUCAUUGAAGCAGUUGAUCCCAGUUACAGAUUACUCUGCUAUCAAAGAGAGUGGGAUAAGUCCAGUGCACUCUGCAGCAGCAGGUGGUCACCCAGAAUGUCUCAAGUUGCUUCUGCAGUUCCACUUUGAUGUCAAUUUCAUGCUUGCUCAGAGGCUUCGAAGAAGUUAUGAUGAUCACAGAAAAUCUGCUCUCUAUUUUGCUGUCUCAAAUAAUGAUGUUUAUUCUACUCGGCUCCUCCUGGAGGCUGGAGCACUACCAAACCAAGAUCCUAUCAAUUGUCUUCAGCUAGCUCUGAGACUGGGCAACUACGAACUCAUAAACUUGCUUCUUCGGCAUGGGUCCAAUGUAAAUUACUACUGCAGAGUGAACACGACUCAUUUUCCAUCUGCUUUGCAGUAUGCAUUAAAUGAUGAAGUUACGUUGAGGAUGUUGUUCAGUUAUGGAUAUGAUAUCCAUCGAUGCUUUGAUUGCCCUCAUGAAAACAAAAUUCAUCCUCAAUUUUCCUCUGAAGGAUGGACACCAUCAGUCAUUAAAGACAACAUGUUUUGUGAAGUUAUUACUUUAAACUGGUUGAAGCACCUAUCUGGAAAAGUGAUCCGUGUGAUGUUGGAUUAUGUGGCUCAUGUUCAUUUCUGCUCUAAACUGAAAGCCACACUUCAACAACAAAAUGAAUGGCCAGAAAUCAGGCAUAUCUUGAAAAACCCACGUUCUUUGAUGCAUCUGUGUAGGCUGAAGAUCCGAAAAUGCAUGGGCCGGAUGAGGCUGAGGUGUCCGGUAUUUAUGACAUUUCUGACUUUGCCCAGUUGCCUUAAAGAAUACAUUCUCUUUAAAGAAUAUGGUCUUUAUAAUGAAAAAGGAACCCGAUAGGUUGCUGAUAAUUCAAUUUCGUAUUUUCAAGAUAACUUCAAAAGCAUAUUGAUAGAUUGACAGAUAUGU